AUGGGCACAGUGGAGGUCAUCCUAUCUUGCUUUGUGGUAGUUUUGAUGGUGGUGUCGUUGCUCUCCAAUGUCCUGGUGCUGAUCUGCUUCCUCUGCAGCGCAGAGAUCCGGAAACAGGUCCCUGGGAUGUUUAUCAUCAACCUGACCCUCAGCAACUUGUUGAUGACAGUGCUGAACAUGCCGUUGACUUUGGUAGGGAUUAUCAGUAAAGAGCAACCCGGAGUCGACACUGUCUGCCGAAUCGUAGGCUUCCUGGAGACUUUCCUGGUCACCAAUUCCAUGCUGAGCAUGGCUGCUCUAAGUACUGACAGAUGGAUUGCUGUCGUUUUCCCUCUAAGUUACAAUUCCAAGAUGCGUUACAAGGACGCUGCCAUCAUGCUGGGAUACACGUGGUUCCACUCCCUGUGCUUCCCCCUGGUUGCAGUCUGCCUCUCAUGGGUCGGAUACAACCACCUGUACGCCUCCUGCACCCUCAGCCAGACCCGAACUGACGAUCGGAUCCAGUUUGUGGUUUUUACGGUAGUUUUUCACACCCUCAGUUUUCUCCUUUCGCUAGUAGUGCUGUGUUUCACCUAUCUGAAAGUGCUGAAAGUGGCGCGAUUUCACUGCAAGAGGAUAGAUAUAAUCACCAUGCAGACGCUAGUGCUACUGGUGGACAUCCAUCCAAGUGUAAGGCAACGCUGCCUGGAAGAGCAGAAGCGACGAAGACAACGAGCAACAAAGAAGAUCAGUACUUUCAUCGGUACCUUUAUACUGUGCUUUGCACCUUAUGUAAUUACAAGGCUGGUGGAGUUAUCUGAGUCAAUACCAAUCAAUCCAUACUGGGGAAUUCUUUCCAAAUGUCUGGCUUACAGCAAAGCUGUCUCAGACCCCUUUGUAUACUCUUUGCUGCGACAUCAGUAUAAGAAGACAUGGAUGGACAUUAUUAAUAGACUACUGAAAAGAAGCUCCUUGAACUCCUCUGCACUUACAGGUGAAACACAAAACAGUAAUUUUGUACAAACAGAUGAAUGA